AUGGAAAGUACGGUCAUUACAGUUGUCUUAAGUGCUGAAAUUUCAGGCUUGGUGUCUUUGAGACUAAUGAUCUAUUUUUUCAAUUAUGAUAAUAUUCCAAAGGAGAGAACAGCCAAAGUUUGGAUCAUGAAAGCCCAGAUGGAAUUCACAUCCAUUCUAAUUCAUAGACAGUUGCCCAUUGAUUUUCUCCAUGGUGCACUUUCUUUUGCAAUUCACUCAAAGCAGCUGACCGGAUUCCAACAAUUUAUGCAGAAGAGAAACCCAAACUUAGAAAAAGAUGAUGGGUUUAUUAGGGAUUUCUGGAAAGAUGCAUUUGAAUGCUCCUUCUCCAGUGAUAUUACAGGUGGGAAUGAAGAAAGGAUCUGCACUGGAGAAGAGAAGCUGGAGACUCUUCCUAAUUCUGUCUUUGAGACCAAUAUGAAUGCACAUAGUUACAGUGUCUAUAAUGCUGUCUAUUCUGUGGCACAUGCUCUGAAGGCCAUGCGCUCUUCCAAACUCAAAGUGGGACGAAAAAUGAAUGAGAGGAGAUGGAAGCUCUUCCUCCAGUCACCCUGGCAACCACAGAUUGAUGCACUAAAUCAGGGUUGUCAAACUGGCAGCCACAGGCCAGAUGCAUCAAAUGCAGGCCAUGUUGACCCCAGCUCCAUGACGGGGAAAAAUGUCAUGAUAGGUUACAUGAUGGCAAUAGGACACCACAAGUUUGAUGCCCGUGGAGAGAUCAAUGAACAUUCUGGGAUUAUACCCAAUAUUAGCCUUGGUUUCCAUAUUGCUACUGACUAUCCUCUGGAAAGUACAACUUAUCAUUUAUCAAUGGAAUUUCUAUCUACAAAAGAUGAAUUUAUACCCAACUACAAAUGCAAUGAGCAGAUCAACACAGUAGCUUUCAUUGGAGGACCCCAGAGUAACACCUGUCUCAACAUGGCAAUCUCUCUGUGCAACUACAAAUUUCCCCAGAUCACAUAUGGAUCAGCUCCAUUGAUGAAUACUGAAACAGCAACAUUUGUCAAAUGGAUGUUCCUGGAUGACAACCACCAAUUUAAAGGAAUAUUGCACUUAUUGUUGCAUUUUGGAUGGACCUGGGUUGGGUUAGUUUCUCUGCUUCAGGAAGAUAAAGACAGAUUUAUUCAGAAGAGACUUUCCAUGUUUUCAGAGAGAGGAAUCUGCUUUGACUUUAUAGAAUGUCUUCCCCAGAUAAGAUAUGGUAAUGAAGCUGCUGAGUGGAUAGAAAAUACAGGUAAAAUAUUCAAAGUGAUCAUGGAGAGUACAGUCAUUGCAGUUAUCUUAAGUGCUGAAAUUUCAGGCUUGGUGCCUUUGAGGCUAAUGAUCUAUUUUUUCAAUUAUGAUAACAUUCCAAAGGGGAGAACGGCCAAAGUUUGGAUCAUGAGAGCCCAGAUGGAAUUCACAUCCAUUCUAAUGCAAAGACCAUUGCCCAUUGAUUUUCUCCAUGGUGCACUUUCUUUUGCAAUUCACUCAAAGGAGCUGACCGGAUUCCAACAAUUUAUGAAGAAGAGAAACCCAAACUUAGAAAAAGAUGAUGGGUUUAUUAGGGAUUUCUGGAAAGAUGCAUUUGAAUGCUCCUUCUCCAGUGAUAUUAGAGAUGAGAAUGCUGAAAGGAUCUGCACUGGAGAAGAGAAGCUGGAGAGUCUUCCUAAUUCUGUCUUUGACACCACUGUGAAUGGACACAGUUACAGUGUCUAUAAUGCUGUCUAUGCUGUGGCACAUGCUCUGAAGGCCAUGCGUUCCGCCAAACUCAAAGGGAGACAAAAAAUGAAUGAGAGGAGAUGGAAGCUCUUCCUCCAAUCACCCUGGCAACUCCACCUUUUUUUGCAACAAGUCUCCUUUAACAACAGUGCUGGAGAACAGAUUUCCUUUGGUCCUAAUGGGGAAUUAGAAACUGGACUUGAUAUUUUAAAUUGGGUCACAUUUCCAAAUAAGUCCUUUCUGAAAAUCCAAAUUGGAAAGAUUGACCACCUGGCUCUCUCAGAAAAGCUCCUCACCAUUUCUGACAAGGAAGCUGUUUGGCCUCUCAUGUUUAACCAGGCAUUACCUCUUUCCAUCUGUAACAAGAAGUGUCCUCUUGGCCACAGCAAGAUAAAAGUGGAAGGGAAAUUAUCCUGUUGCUAUAACUGUAAAAUAUGUCCAGAUGGGAAGAUAGCUAAUCAAUUGGACUUGGAUGACUGUUUCCCUUGUCCAGAGGAUCAAUAUCCAAACAAGGAUAAGGAUACUUGCCUUCCAAAACGUAUAAUUUACUUAACUUAUGAAGAACCUUUGGGGAUUUCUUUGGCAGUUAUUGCAGUCUCCUUUUCUGUCAUCUCAGCUGUGGUGCUCAGGAUAUUCAUUAAACAUCAGGACACACCUAUUGUGAAAGCCAAUAAUAGGAACCUCACUUAUAGCCUUCUUGCUGCUCUCCUGCUCUCUUUCCUUUGCACUUUGCUCUUCAUUGGGCAACCUGACCAAGUCAAAUGUCUCUUGCGACAAACUGCUUUUGGCAUCAUCUUCUCUGUAGCCCUUUCUUGUAUAUUGGGGAAAACAAUCAUAGUGGUCCUUGCUUUCAUGGCCACCAAACCUGGAUCCAAAAUGAGAAAAUGGGUGGGAAAAGGGCUGACUAUCUCUAUUGUCCUAUCUUGCUCCUUGACACAAUUCUGCAUUUGUGUGGUGUGGCUCACAAUUUUUCCUCCAUUCCCAGAUUCUGACAGGAACUCCAUGGCUGAAGAAAUUAUCCAGCAAUGUAAUGAAGGUUCAACCACUAUGUUUUAUAUAGUCCUUGGCUUUUUGGGGUUCUUGACUGCUGUCAGUUUCACCGUGGCUUUCCUAGCUAGGAAUUUGCCUGACAGCUUUAAUGAAGCCAAAUUUAUCACUUUCAGCAUGUUGGUCUUUUGUAGUGUUUGGGUAUCAUUUGUUCCCACCUAUUUGAGUACCAAGGGAAAAUACAUGGUGGCUGUGGAGAUCUUCUCCAUUUUGGCUUCAGCAGCUGGAUUACUGGGCUGCAUAUUUUCCCCCAAAUGCUAUAUCAUUGUUCUGAGACCUAAUCUGAAUAAGAAGGAGCAACUAAUGAAAAAAUGAAAAUGAUUUUAACACCGUACCCUUUGAAAGAAAUCUAAUUAGUUGCUUUCAGCAUAUAGGUCCCACCCACCCCCAAUUUGAAGUACGGUCUUUUUCCUUCUAUCACUACAUCAAUAGGACAUAGAAAGCAAUUCUUCUGAGAAGUUUACUUCACAAUCUAAAAAAAAGUCCCCUAAUCACUUUUUAAUUGUUAGAUAAUUGUUGAUUGUUAGAUAAUGAUUCUCAGGCCUAAUCAGAGUAGUAGGCAAUAGCUUUUUUAACAGAUGAACAGAGUUGGAAGGGAUGUUGUAGGUCAUCUAGUCCAACUCCCUGCCCACGCAGGAGACCCAACAACAUUUUUGACCGAUGGCAGUCUCUUCUUGAAAGCUUCCAGUGUUGAAGCUCUCACAACUUCUGAAGGCAAGCUGUUCCAUUGGUUAAUUGCUCUCACUGUCAGAAAGUGUUUCCUUAUUUCCAGCUUCAAUCUCUCCUUGUUCAGUUUCUAUACAUUGUUUCAUGGACUUCUGGUGCCUUGGAAAAUAAGUUGAUCCCCUCCUGUCUGUGGCAACCACUCAAAUAUUGGAACACUGCUAUCAUGUCUCUCCUGGUCCUUCUCUUCACUAGACUAGUCAUGCCCAUUACCUGAAAUCAUUCAUCGUACAUUUUAACUUCCAGUCCCCUAAUCAUCUUGGUUGCUCUUCUCUGCACUCUUUCUAGAGUCUCAAAAACUUUUUUAUAGUGUGGUGACAAAAACUGGAUGCAGUAUUCUAAGUGUGGUCCUACUAAGACUUUAUAGAGUGGUUUUACUACGUCGCUUGAUCUUGAUUAUGAUCCCUCUGUUAAUGCAAUUUAGAAUUUUUGGCUCCCACCACACACUGUUGCUUCAUAUUUAAUUGGUUGCCCACUAAGACCCCAAGAUCCCUCUCACAUUACUGCCAGUUACACCCAGUCUAUAUGUCUACUUUUGGUUUUUCUUGCCUUUUCUCUACAUUGACUUUCAUUUCAAUCAAGAAGAUAUAAUCUGCUUGAAUGUAAAAAUCAAUGGAUUUAAAUCCUGCAUUCCAAGAGCUUCACAACAUCCCUAUCAAAAGAAAGAAAAUGUCUAUUUUAUAUCACUCAUAAAACUAAAAAGCAUCCCUGGUAUGUGUGUGAAGGAAAAGGUUUGUCAUCUUUUUGGGUGUUUUGAUAUGCUGUUAAUACAAAAUUAGGGAUAUUAUGUGUCUUAUUUGCCACUUAAAGCAUCUUAAUAUUUCCCCUAAUCCUUUUUUAAGGUAGAGGAAAAUCCAAAUUAAAAUCCUUUUCCACAA